UCAUUAGUUUAUAAUUGUCUAUGGCAUAAAAAAGUAAGGUUAAAACUACUAUUGAAAAUAAUAACAGAUUUUUGUAACUUUAUCAAUUAACAAACUUUAAUUACAAUAAUUAAUACAUUUGUUAUUAAAUCUAGUCAGGCACAUAACUAACUGUUUACAACAAAAGUAGUAUGUCGUCUGUGGAACAUGUCUUCCGAGUUCGUAGACUAUACAAGCUGAUAUUCCGUGUGCACCGCGCUUUGCCACCAGAACUCAGAAUCAUGGGUGACAACUAUGCCAGAGACGAAUUCAAGAGGCAUAAGAAAUGUAACCCGGAGGAAGCUAAGAUAUUCCUCAAUGAAUGGACGGAUUAUGCGAUAGCAUUGGCUAAACAAAUGAAGCCUAUACAACAAGCUAAAACGAAGAAAGUUGGGGAAUACUUAGACCCAAAACUGUUAGACCACAUGACUGAUGAACAGCUAGUUCAGUUGUACGAGCUCCACAAAGCUGCCACAGAGCCUUCCACAGAUGAACAAAGUAUACCAGAUAAGAAAUGAUUAUUGUGUUACCUAUCUUAUGUAGAUAAUUGUAAAGUUGUGUAUGGAUCGAACAGAGUAUGAAAUCAGCUGAAAGACUCCAAAAUUAACAUCAUACUGAUGUGAAUGUAUGAUACAUAUGUAUAUCCAUAAAUUGCUUAGUGGAGUAGCUGAGCAAGAGACUGGGAAUAACUUUUGAGUGUACUGUAUCAAAAACUUAGUAAGGACCUCAUUCUUAGACAUUGUAGGUCAUAGUAGGUUGGGAACCCUUGAACUAUAGCAAAUGAGUAAUUAGUGGAUUAAAUGGACCAAGAGCCCAGCCCUGCCAGACAUUACUUAUUUUCUGAAAGACAAAACAUGGGAUACCAAGUAGCUUUUAUUAUGUACCUUGAACGCCUGCGUACCAGUUAAGUUGGAUAGACAGCCGAUUUACAGGUAUCAGGUGAGAAAGGUUAAUAAAAAUAGGACUAACUUAACUUAAAUUCUGUUGGCUGAUUUUUAUAUAUGCUUUACAAAACAUUAAUUGGAAAAUAAUAUCCACACUGCCAGACACUUUCCGUUGGCCAUAACUUCUGCCAGACGCUUUAAAGCUCCUAAUAAAAUGAUUGAACUUUACUUAUAUUCUGACGUUUGAUUUUUAUAUAUCUUACUUAGAAGACUAUUUUUAAGCUAUAUUUGUUGAGCCAGACGAAUCAAAGGGGCCAAACAUCCCCCCAGACAUAAAACAAAUUCAGCCGAGCAUGAGCGCGAGAGUAUUAUACUAGCGUUUUGGAGCAAGUGAGACGUCUAUGCCAUUUCUAUCUCUUAAAUACAUAGCCCGCCUUAUUUUACUAUGCGCUGUAUCAGUGUUGCCGCAUCUACCAACUUUUAGGUACAUAGAUCUAAUAUAAGUAAAGUUCAAUCAUUUAUUUAGGAGCUUAAUAGCGUCUGGCGGAAGUUAUGGCCGACGGAAAGUGUCUGGUAGUGUACAAAAUCAACAAAAUUGAGACACUAAGCAAGAAAUUACGGAUUUUAUGUAGAUUACCAUGUAUAUAAAAUCCGUAAUUUUUAUAAAAGUAAUUCGAAUGCAGAUAACUUCUGAAGGGUUGGUUAAGUUGGGGUACCUCGGUCAAAUCGGUCAGGAAUAAUGGAAACUACUAUUUCCUAAAGGGUUGUUGGUCUGCUUAAUCCUCUAUAUUUAUCAUCACACAUCCUCAUCACGACCCUAUUGGUGUAGUAAGAGUCACCUAAACCUAAAGGACUAUACAUUUUGUGGAGAAAGUUGUCAGCGGUAUUCUCGAACUGGUACAACUUUCAAAAAAAGUGUGUAUUCCUUUUUAAAAGGCUGGUAACCUACCUGUAAGUUAACUCCUAUAUGUAAUCACAAUAAGCAAUGCACAUAUUUUGUUCAACCCAUAUCUCUUAAGUAUUUAAGGGUAAAUUGUGAGAUCCCUCAUUAACAAGCUUCUUGUGUUAUUUAUUUGUUAAUUGUGGACUUUUAUGUAAAUAGUAUUAUUGUGACAUUAAAUUAUUAUUGAGUACUUGUGGCAUAUAUUAUGUCUAAGUAGUUUACUAGUAAGUAUAAAUAAGUAGUUGUUGAAUAGAUAAAUAUGAAAAA